AUGGAAAAUAGAAUAGAAACUACAGAAACUUCUUCAGAAGAAUUCUUGACAACGCUUUCGAACGAUCUAUCCUGGCUACUUGAAAAUGCUGAAAACUGCGAUGUCGUAUUACACGUUGGCCAAGAGCCCAAUGUUCGAAAAUUUCAUGCUCAUAUUGCUAUUUUAAGGUCAAGAUCAAAUUAUUUUAAAAGAGCUUUAGCCAAACAAUGGGCAAAAGAAGAAGAUGGCUUAACUAUAUUCCAAAAACCAAAUAUUUACCCUGAAGUAUUUGAAGAGAUAUUAAAAUACAUAUAUAGAGGUAAAAUUGAACUUGGAGGACAAGACGGGCAAAAUCUUCUCAAUCUUUUAACAGCUGGUGAUGAACUAAUGCUGGAUGAAUUUUGCAAUUACAUUCAGAAUUUUUUAAUUCAUCAAAAAUUUGAAUGGCUUGAAGAUAAUCUUGUCGAAGUAUUACGUAUUACAGGAAGUUGUAGUAGUUAUUUAAACGAAGAUAUUUUAAAAUAUCAUUUAAAGCCUGGUAGUAUUCCUCGAUCUAUAGUGCUUCCACCAAGAGAUCAAGGAAUGAAUUUAGAUUCAUUAAUUAUCAAACCUAUUCAUGCAAGACUUAUUUGUGGAUGGAUAGAUGGAAAAAAUAUACUUGGACCUACAUAUGUGAAAGCCGCAUAUGAUUUCAAAUUACUCGUUCGUGGGACACUUGACGGAUUUGAUGCAACAACUUUUCAUUCAAGAUGCGAUCGUAAAGGGCCAACAGUAGUUGUGUUGAAAUUGGAAGGUGCAGAUGAAAUACUUGGGGGAUACAAUGCUGCUUAUUGGAGAACUGGCGCUGUUUACAUUCAAUCAGAUAAGAGUUUUAUAUUUUCACUUGGAGAUGGAAAGAAUUUACAGGAAGUUAAAUUGAGUAGAGUUCGUGAUUCGGCAACUUCGAUGUAUGGGCAUACUUCCUAUGGUCCACAUUUCGGAACUGCUGAUUUGAGGAUGUAUUCUCCUUUUAACAAUAAGGAAAAUUGUAGUUGUCAACAGGCGAGUUAUUUUAGAACUGUUACUGAACAU